GGACUGUCGUAAAAAUAACGUAAGUCGUCACGCACUCACACUGCUUUCCGGUAGCUGCAAUAUAAGCGUGGAAGUGCUUAGAGGGUGACAAUUUUUGUACUAUAUUGGUGCCUCGUCACGUUUAAAAUACUGCAUCCCAGAAAAUAAGGCUUUGACCCACUCAGGAAAAGCGAGGAGCGACGGCCAACGAACAUGUUUAAAAAAUUUGACGAGAAGGAGAAUGUAUCAAACUGUAUACAGUUGAAAACGUCCGUCAUCAAAGGGAUAAAGAGCCAGCUGCUGGAUCAGUUUCCCGACAUCGAAUCAUGGCUGAAUCACAUCAUGCCAAAGAAGGACCCCGUCAAAAUAGUGCGAUGCCACGAGCACAUUGAAAUCUUGACCGUGAAUGGAGAGUUGCUCUUCUUCAGACAGCGAGAAGGACCCUUCUACCCCACACUCAGACUCUUGCAUAAAUAUCCGUUCAUUCUUCCUCACCAGCAAGUAGACAAAGGGGCCAUCAAAUUUGUCCUAAGUGGCGCCAACAUCAUGUGUCCCGGACUGACGUCACCAGGCGCCAAACUCUACCCGGCUGAAUCGGAUACAGUAGUUGCCAUCAUGGCAGAAGGCAAACAACACGCGCUGUGCGUUGGCGUCAUGAAGAUGUCUGCAGAGAGCAUAGAAAAAGUCAACAAGGGCAUUGGCAUUGAGAACGUUCACUAUCUAAAUGACGGACUGUGGCACAUGAAGACGUAUAAAUGAUACAAAAAAAAAAAAGGCACCCAACCUUCCUGCCAAAACAUAUAUUGCUCUUGAUAGCAGCUGUUUACACUGGCUUAAGGCUUUGUACCAAUUCACCAUUGUGCACCAAUUAAACGAGACGUCUCCCUCUUAUUCUUUCUUCA